AUGCGGGAGGACGACCAACAUUGCCAACGCUUCUUCUGGAAGGCCUGCGAGACAGAUAUCGACCCUAGCGUCUACGUAGUGCAGGUUAUGACGUUCGGCGCAUGCUGCUCGCCGAGUACGGCACAAAACGUAAAAAAUUACAAUGCAAAGAGAUUCGAACAAGAACACCCAGAAGCAGUUCACGCAAUCGUAAAGCAACACUACGUUGACGAUAUGCUUCUGAGUGUGGAAUCUGAGGAGGAAGCAAUACAAGUGGUUCGAGAAGUACAGACAGUGCACAGGUCAGCAGGCUUCGAAAUGCGGAACUGGAUCUCCAACUCACCCAGAGUUGUGGCAGCUAUGAGCGAAACAGGCUCCGAUGAGAAAAGCCUCAGUAUCGGCGACAAACACGUGUCAGAACGGGUUCUCGGAAUGUGGUGGAACACCUCAACAGACUGCUUCACAUAUAAAAUGUCACCGCGGUACGAGCAACUACUGAUCAGUGGGCAGCGACGACCGACAAAACGCGAAGCGCUUCCCGCUGUGAUAGGCGUGAGAUUAGCGGGAACCAUUGCCAAAUCGCUAUCCGUCAAAAUCAAUCAACGUUUCUUCUGGACUGACUCCAGAGAUAUCCUCUGCUGGCUCAACUCGGAUCACCGUCGGUAUAGCCAAUUCGUGGCCUUCCGUGUUAGCGAGAUCCUGGAAACGACGAACGUCAACGAAUGGCAGUGGGUGCCAACGAAGCUGAACGUGGCAGACGAGGGAACCAAAUGGACACGAGCUCCAGAUAUGACUACCUCUAGUCGAUGGUUUUGCGGUCCCAAUUUUCUCUGGCAACCGAACGAAGCAUGGCCUGUUUCCCCGCACCCAUUUGGAUCGACUAAAGAGGAGUUGCGGCCUCAUCUUCUGCUUCAUACCAUGCCGUUGGACCCAGUGGUUCAGCCACAUGAUUUCUCGGGAUGGUCUUCUCUACUGCGCCGAAUGGCUUAUGUGACCCGUUUCGUGGACAACCUGAGGCAAGCUAAGAUGAAAAAACCAAGGCGGGGUGGCUCUCUGACUCGUGACGAGGUAAGAAAAGCGGAAAAUUACCUGUUUCGUCUUGCACAGCGCAGUGCGUAUCCCGAUGAGAUAGCAGUCCUGAAUGAACCCUUAUCAACCACCCAGCAACGCAAGUUUAUAAAAAACAACAGUUCGCUAAGUAAGAUGUGCGCCUUUCUUGACAAGAACGGCGUUCUAAGGGCCCGCGGCCGAACCCAAGAAUGUAAAUUCACAGAUUACGACGCCGCUAAUCCGGUUAUUCUUCCACGGAAUCACCACAUCACUAGGCUUAUCGUGUCCAAUGCACACAAGCAGUUUAACCACCAGAACCAUGAGACGAUCAUCAACGAGCUUCGCCAGCGAUUCCGCAGUCCACGUCAGAAGGCAACGUACCGUGCGAUCCGGAAGGAGUGCCAACAGUGUAAAAAUAACCAGGCUGCCUCGCAACCACCUGCGAUGACUGAUCUACCACUCGCUCGCCUGGCUGCCUUUGCUCGACCAUUUACGUACAUGGGGAUAGACUAUUUUGGCCCAAUGACGGUAUCCGUCGGACGACGCACAGAGAAACGUUGGGGGGUACUGGCAACAUGUCUUACCAUUCGUGCCGUACACUUAGAACUCGCUCACACACUGACGACAGAUUCCUAUAUGAUGGCUAUACGCAACAUCUUUGCUAGAAGGGGAGUUCCGGCAGUGAUCUACAGCGACCAUGGCACAAACUUCCAGGGCGCCAGUAAGGAGCUACAGCUAGCGCUACAGGAACUCGACGACGACCGGCUGAUGCGGGAGUUCACUACGGCGGAAGAAUGCUCUUCAGGAAGACCCUAA